UUGAGCGUUUCUUCUUCUCAGGCGUCUGAGGUUGCGCUCGAACCGCGUCCGGUUUUUCUCACAACGCGUCGGCGUCUGACGAGGCGUUCGGCGGUUCCGGAGGUUCACAAUAUCUGCAUCGAAAAAAAGCGCCUCUCUCCACUUUCUUCCUCCUCCUCUGAACAUCUUUGCUGACGGUCGAGGGGGCGGAGACGCGCCGCCUGAAGGGAGCGUGGAGGCGGACCCGUUUUAGGAGUUUGCAUAGGUUUCAGAAGGAGUCUCGGCUUGGCUGGUGCGGUGCGAAAUUUGCGUUUGCCACAGGCGAACCGCAACGAUGGGGCGAGGAAGGGAGCGCGAUAGAAGGAUUGAGGCGGACCGGCGCCGCAGCCGAGAGGAGCUAUCGCCUUCUUCCGGAGAGGAACGUGAGGGACGAAGAACGUUCUCCUCGCCUUCCAGAACUAAAAGGAUCAAAUCAGAGAAGAACCGACGCAGAAGGGAAGGCAGUCACUCACGCUCCGCAUCACGGUCUUCCGAGAGACACCGCAAACCGCGAGCGAGGACGCGCUCUGCUUCUUCACCCGAGCAGGAGAGAACUCCAGAGGACUCCCGUCGCGAGCCGUCUUCGCGUUCUCCGCCACAAAAAGAUGAAGGUCAUCGACAACGGCUGAGAAGCGAAUCUCCCGAAGAUCCACACGACCGUUCUUCUUCCUCCGACGCCGUCACGAAGCCUUUUUCUUCGUCAGAAUCUUCCUUGCCCUCUUCUUCUCCGCCUUCGUCUUCAUCUUCUCUCCCGUAUUCCGCUGGGUUCCUGGGAUUCCGGCGCCGGGGCUUCGAUGCCUCUCUCGCGCGUUUAAAAGCCGUUCAUGCAGAGGAGAGUACGAUGUACGCGAACGCUGCAGAAGCGUCUGCUUCGCGACAGACAUCGGCCUCCGCCGUCGAGUCUUCUGCAGAGACAGAGGCGGGUGCUCAGGAGGCGAAAGGUUCGCCUGCAGGGAGUGGAGGAGAGCAGGCAGACGAAGAAGAUGAAGAAGCAGAGGAGAUGAAACUCGUGCUAAAGAGCAUGCGCGACCUGCAGAGAACUCGGCAGGCGCAACGCAGAAAAGGUCUUGACAUCGUCGGUACACAGGAAGAACAAAGAGCAGACGCGGAAGAAGAAGAAGAAGACGACCUCGCCGGCUACGGUCUCCUCGAAAGAAACUUCUCAACGGUCAACACUACCACAGGGCUCACCGUCGACAAACACCUGGAGGAGUUUUUGCGAGAGCGCAUGCAGUUGAAGGAGACGCCUGGCCCAGCUGAGGAGGCGGCAGAAGAGAAGCAAAGCUCUGGAGGCGCGAACGAACUGUACAGAGUGCCAGACCGUCUUCAAGUAGCAGACCGGAGUGGAGAGUACCGCGAGCAGCUGAACUGGCUGACGGGGCUCACGGAGGUGCAUCUCCCCAUGACCGUCAAGUUGAAGAACAUCGAGGCGACGGAGAAGGCGAAGCGCGCGUUGUUGAAGAAGGGAGAGCCAGACGCAGUGGACGACGACGAAGACCCAGAUGCCAUUCGACGCAGAGCGUUUGGACAGCGCUACACGUGGUAUGAUCCAGACAGGCGCCCCAGAGCUCGGGCAGGAGACGACAAAGCGGUUCAAGAUUUCUCUCAGAGGGCGAGACGAGCCCAGCAGAACAGGGGACGCGUCGGAAUUGGUUACGGCUGA